AUGGAGACUCGCAAACUUGAUAAAAUGGCGCCAAAGACCUCAAUGAACUGGGUUGAGAAGCGCAAGCUCUCUUCAGACCCUUACAUAGCAGACACACUCAAGCAUAACGGUAUCGCCUGCUAUGUAUCCCACGCAGAUAUACUGAGCAGUCACUACCUUGCACCGAUGUCUCAGAAUUCGGAGAUAGUGGUCCCAGACAAUAAACUGCAAGAUGCAUUCAAAGCCCUUCGAGACGCCAGGUUUUUAAAUUGCAAGAAUAAAAGAGCUUGUCAAGCGGAGCUCUCGAAUGGGAGCAGACCUAAGCCCGACGCCCACCUGCACUACAGAGGGGGUGUAGGCCGCGUCGACCUUUACAAACAUACGACACAUUUCAACUUCCUCCCUGAACCAGUUCUUGGAGAUCUAGAUCCCGGAGAUAAAAACUACAUGCUCUUGUCAGACGGGAAGGUGCCUUUAUUGAAGCCGGAAGAAGGUUUCCGAUUCGCACCUCUUGUUGAAACGCUACCACAAUUCAAGGAUUCGCUGGGUCCAUUGUGUGGUCGGCGAGUUAACUUCUAUGCUGUGCCAGCUCCACUGCUCGUUCGAUCGAUCUCGUCCUGGUCUUACCAGUUUUACCACGCUGUCAAGUACAUAUAUAAGCUUGAUAGAGCUAUCUACCGCGCCAAAGACGAUGGGGUCAGGCGUAACCUUGAUUCGAAGCGUGAUGCCUCUAUCGGUGACGCUUGGCUUUGGUUUGUUUACCUAAACGCCAUCGUCUGGUUGUAUCGUCACCAUCAGAACGACAACAAACGGGGACAUAAAUUAUCCUGGAAUCAGAUAAUGAGGGGCAUCGAUCAAAAUCUGGUACCGUGGCUUAACGAUUGGAAUCAUAAGUACCUGGUUACCGACAGUAGAGACAAGGAAGCCAACAAGGCCAAGUUCGGGAAGUGCCUGACGGACGUGACGAAAUUUUUGACUGAGAGGUAA